CUUGAUAACAUUGUAACAAAGACACAACGCAACAAUACACAUUAGAAGGCUGCUUAAGCAGCCAUGCAUUGCGUUCUAUCCUGCGCUUUACGCUGUCGACUACGUAGAAGUAACGGACAGUAGAAGACAUAGAUGGAGCUUACAAAUGUUCUUAGGAUUCUAUUAUUGUUAAUCGCGACGACCGUGACGGCAGUAACUUCACAGACGGUCAGCCGAGACAUCAACCAUGCUCUCCUGGCGCGGUUGCGGCUGGAUGAGCCGCUACUCCAUAACGUGAUAGACUCCAGUACAAGUAUCUCACUUGAGCCGCACUACAAUGAAACCCUGCAAACGCUUGCCCAGCUGCUGAAUACGACAGCAUCCAUCAAGACGAAUGCGACCGAGGCUAUAGCCAGCGCAGCCUACAGCCUAGCCCACGAUAGAAGUUUGUCCGGAGACGUUGUGGCUGAAAAGCUAAAAGCGCUAAAUGUCUUGGUGGAUUCCCUGCCCCAGAAGGUGGCAAGUUUGCCAGCCGUACGGCGCAGCCUAGUCGCCAGCCUCGUUCUCCGGCGGCUGAACGACGGCCCGUUCGAGCCCGGGGAACAGCUGCAGAGCGCAGAGCGCCUCUUGCUGCAGCUCUUCCACUUGCACAAAGCAGCCGCCUUGCGUAAGAAGGCAGUCGAGUUUACGCAUGUCAGCAAAUCUGGCGGCACCAGCUUCUGUCAGCUGGGCAGGAGUAACGGCUGUGCCACGGAGAGCUUUCACCCCUUUCACAAUUGCUUGGUCGAAGGGUUCGAUGACGACCCCCGCUACAUCAACGGCUCGGUGCACGCCGCCCUGCGGGGCCGCAGCCGCACCCGCUGCUACAAGCCCUUCAAGGCCAUGAAGCUCCGCCGUACGGAGCUCAGCUGCCAGGACCGCCGCCGCCGGCUGACGUCACGAGGCUACACCUUUUACGCCAACGAGUACACCGCGUUUGGCGGGCGGCAGGACCCGCGUCUGGCGCACCCCUGCACCAACAUGAUGACCGUGCUGCAGCUGCGGCAUCCCUACACCCGAGUCAUCUCGCACAUCAAGCACAUGUGGGCCGCCUACCGGUCGCAUUGCAAGGAGGACCGCGCGGUUUUCUUCGCCCAAGGCCACGACACGCCCGUUUGGACGCAGCUCGCACCCGCCCCAACCAACAACUACCUCAUCCGCUCGCUGCUGGGGGAGGCCGUGUUCAACCUACCUGCCGGACACAUCACCCCAGACCACCUUGAACUCGCCAAGGCCUUCCUUACGCAGCAGUAUGACGUCUUGCUUGUCCUCGAAGACGCCGACUUGUCAGCGCAAGCCAUGCGCUUUGGGCUGGGUUGGGAGGAGCAUGCCCGGCAUGCGAACGAGGAGCACAAGGAUCCCGAGAGCGGUCUGCCCACCAAUUUGGACAUGCUUCGGAGGCUGAACCGACUGGACUUGGAGGCUUAUAAGCAUGGCGUGGUGAUGGCUCGGCUGGAUGCCGUGCUAUACGACAUGGCACUGGCAGCUCGUGAGGCGGAGGCGGCGGCAGCGGUGGCGGUGGCAGCGGCAGAGGCGGGAGAGGCAGCGGCGGGAGGGGCAGAGGCGAGAGAGGCAGCAGCGGAAGCGGUGCCUACGGAGGCUGAGGCGGCGGUGGUGGAGGCGGAGACUGCUGAGAGCGUGAGCGGUGCUGAGGGCGAGGUGAAGCAGCUCGUUGAGGCGACGGUGGCGCAGGAGCAGGUUGGAG